CUGGGAUGCGAACUCGGAUGACAAACGCCAUUACCAAAUUCACGACCAAGCCCGCCGCGACUGGCCGUUGCCCCGCCGUUGCGAACAGCUACUCUCGGGCUGCUAUUAUAAACUCCGGGUGACAAUCUACACUCUCAGUGAGAGCUACUAAUUCCAUUCGAAAUCUCCGGGAAGGGAAUUUCCUCAAAGCUGGAUCGUCAAUUUGAUUUCAAUGUCUCUGAUUGAUCGCCAUCCCUGAGCUCCGGCAGCGGAUCUCCAUUGCCCGUGGAAAUCAUGUCGCAGCAGCAGCCACAGCAGCAGCAGCAUGUUCACAGUAACAGCAGCAACAGUGUCACUAUACCAGUGAGCGAGGUUUACUGGUCUCUGGUUGAUAAGGCCGACAAGAAGUUCUCUAAGAUCAGGGACUUGCCCUACUAUGAGCGCCACAGGUACGAUACAUACUUCUUUAAGGUCUUUAAGGUGUACACGGAACUGUGGAAGUUUCAGCAAGAAAAUAGGCAGAAGUUGGUGGAAGCUGGGCUCAAGAGAUGGGAGAUUGGCGAGAUAGCGUCGAGAAUUGCCCAGCUCUAUUAUGGGCAGUAUAUGCGAACUAGUGAGAGAAGCUACUUGUCAGAGUCUUAUAUAUUCUAUGAGGCAAUUUUCACCCGGGAGUACUUCAGGGAGGGGCUAUCUCAGGAUCUCAACUUGGCUAACAAACAGUUGAGAUUUCUCGCGAGGUUUCUGAUGGUGUGUUUGGUUCUCAAUAAGAGAGAAACGGUGCAUCAAUUGGUAACUCAGUUGAAGCUGUUGCUUGAUGAAUGCAAGAGGACGUUUCAGGAAACUGACUUUAGAGAAUGGAAGCUCGUGGUUCAAGAAAUUGUUAGAUUUCUGAAAGCUGACACAGCCUUUAUGAAUAUCAGGCCUUUGAGAUAUAGUCUUGUGCUGGAUCCUCACCCAGAUUCUCUGCCACGUGCUAGUGCAGCUGUUACAACCAGAACUUUAAGAUUACGCAAUGCAGUACUUAGCAGCUAUCACAAUAAUGAGGUGAAGUUUUCUGAGCUCACCAUUGACACAUUUAGGAUGCUUCAGUCUCUGGAGUGGGAACCCAGUGGUUCAUUCUAUCAAUCGUCUGGAACUAAAAUGGGAGCCUCUGGGCCUAGUCGCACUAACAUCUCUCAAGAUAUUGUUGAUCAUACUCUGCCUCCUAACCCGCAGAAAGUUGUUUUGUAUCGUCCAUCCAUGACCCAUCUAAUUGCAGUAAUUGCCACAGUCUGUGAGGAACUUCCUCCUGACGGAGUUCUUCUUGUAUACUUAUCAGCUUCAGGUUUAGGGCCAACUGCUCUUUCAUCUCUAGCAGGCGCUGAAACAUUUCCUGAUGCAGCAAAUAAAAUUGUCAAAGACUUCCAGUCACAUACCAUUUCUUCAGAUGUGAUUUCAAGCAUUCCACUCGGGUCUGUGACAGAAAACCAGUCUGUGCCUACACAAAUGAAAGUGAAUGGCUUGAGUAAUAACUCUUGUCUACAGUUUGGCAGUCGUGGAAAUGGAGGCUCAAAACAAAAUCAUGUGUUAGGGGGCAGAUUGUGUACAUUUGGAGAUCUCUUAGUGAGGCCUUUAAGAUUACUAUUUCAGAAAGUAAGGGUAACAUCAACCAUUCCAUGGAGGCCACUCUUUCUUGUAAUUGACAGUGAGAGCAGCAUAGCAUUUGAGGCUAUCUCUGGAGCGGAGAAAGGAGAACCAGCUGCAUUGCUUUUAUCUCCAAGAUGUUCAGCUCCUAUGGGUUCUAAUGAUUCUUGUCGUCAUUCUAAUGGAUCUCUAUUUACUAUAUUUCUCACCGCUCCACUGCAGGCCUUCUGCAUAUUAGUUGGCAUUUCAAGUUCGGAAGUUGAUAUGGGUGCCUUUAGCAAUGCUGAGAAGCUGCUUUCUUCAUCGCUGAAUGACUGGGGCUUGGCUUUGGCAGCAUGUGAUUCUCUCAGUCCUGUCUGGGUGCAGAUUCUAGGUGAUCCUUUUUUGAGGCGACUGCUGCUGAGGCACCUUGGAAAAGCCUAUGUGCUGAAUAUUCUGUUCAACUUACAUUUUGGGGUCCUGCAUCUUAUUCAUAUUUUGUUGGGCGGUGUUGAGCCUGUAUGCCCCGACUUACAGCAAGACGGAGUUUGUUCCCCAUUGUCUACCUCAUCUCCCUGAGAAUUUCACACCUAAAGCUGCUGCAAUCCAAACAGUAGUUCUUCAGGUCGCAGAAACCUUUGGUGCUGCCAACAAGUUCAUAUUCUCAGGAGUUAAGACUGCAGAGUCCUGACAGAGAAAGACGAAAUUGGUUUCGUCUUCCUCAAGUUCACGUAAAGUAAGUUGGUGAAAACUGAGGUUCACGGUCCUAUUUGUUUAAGCCCUUGUGGACUUUUUGAUGGUUCUUGUUUGUGGGUGAGAUUUGAUGAAUGUUUUGUGUGAUCUUGAGUUUUUUCAGAUUGUAGUUAAAGCUAAGUUUAUUCAAGGAUCUUGCAUUCCCAUUGGAUUUGUAGAAUCGUUGUCUCCUGGAAGAACAUGGAAAGAAAAUUAAUAGAAAGAUAUCUUAACUCAGGGAAAGAACAGAAAAUUACGUUUUCUCUUCAGUGAUUUUACAGCAAUCCCGGUAGGUUGGUUGCUGUCAAGAUCUCUGGGAUGUAUAUUGGUUUGUGUUUCGACUUUGAGAAGAAAAACACAGUUUGGAGUUGUGAUCCAUUUGAGAUUGUUGGUUGCAUCUAUGCAGUAUAUAUUUCAUUAAA